UGCACCUUCCUGCCAGCCCGGGCAGUGUCUGGGCCCUCAGCUCCCCCUCCCUCCACCCACCCCCCUCACACCCACCACCACCAGCCCACAGGACACCCAGCCCAGGCGGAGGAAACGCCGAGCCUAGAGACAUGGGAGCUGGAGGAGCAUUCCACCUGCUGCUCGUGUGCCUGAGCCCAGCUCUGCUGUCUGCUGUACGGAUCAACGGGGAUGGACAGGAGGUCCUGUACCUGGCGGAAGGUGAUAAUGUGAGGCUGGGCUGCCCCUAUGUCCUGGACCCUGAGGACUAUGGUCCCAAUGGGCUGGAUAUCGAGUGGAUGCAGGUCAACUCAGACCCCGCCCACCACCGAGAGAACGUGUUCCUUAGUUACCAGGACAAGAGGAUCAACCAUGGCAACCUUCCCCAUCUGCAGCAGAGGGUCCGCUUUGCAGCCUCGGACCCGAGCCAGUACGAUGCCUCCAUCAACCUCAUGAACCUGCAGGUAUCUGAUACGGCCACCUAUGAAUGCCGGGUGAAGAAGACCACCAUGGCCACCCGGAAGGUCAUUGUCACUGUCCAAGCACGACCCGCAGUGCCCAUGUGCUGGACUGAAGGCCACAUGACAUAUGGCAACGACGUGGUGCUGAAGUGCUAUGCCAAUGGGGGCUCCCAGCCCCUCUCCUACAAGUGGGCCAAGAUCAGUGGGCACCAUUACCCUUAUCGAGCUGGGUCUUACAUCUCCCAGCACAGCUACCACUCUGAGCUGUCCUACCAGGAGUCCUUUCACAACUCCAUAAACCAAGGCCUGAACAAUGGGGACCUGGUGUUGAAGGAUAUCUCCAAAGCAGACGAUGGGCUGUAUCAGUGCACAGUGGCCAACAACGUGGGCUACAGCGUUUGCGUGGUGGAGGUGAAGGUCUCAGACUCGCGGCGUGUAGGCGUGAUCAUCGCCGCGGUGCUGGGCUCUCUGCUGGCACUGGGCUGCCUGGCCGUAGGCAUCUGGGGGCUCGUCUGCUGCUGCUGCGGGGGCUCCGGGGGCGGCGCCCGCGGUGCCUUCGGCUACAGCAACGGCGGCGGGGUCGGCGGAGGGGCCUGCGGCGACUUGGCUAGUGAGAUCAGAGAGGACGCCGUGGCGCCCCGGUGCAAGGCCAGCGGGCGCGGCAGCCGCGUCACCCACCUCCUGGGGUACCCGACGCAGAACGUCAGCCGCUCCUUGCGCCGCAAGUACGCGCCUCCGCCCUGCGGUGGCCCGGAGGACGUGGCCCUGGCGCCCUGCACCGCCGCCGCCGCCUGCGAAGCGGGGCCCUCCCCGGUCUACGUCAAGGUCAAGAGCGCAGAGCCGGCCGACUGUGCCGAGGGGCUGGCGCAGUGCAAGAACGGUCUCCUGGUGUGAGCGCGCCGCCGGGCUGCGCCCCGGCCGGGAGGAGGGCGCGGGGCCCUCUGCUCGCAGCUGGGGACACGUCGGGGCUGGUACCGACCUCGCUCGCCCUAGGCCGCCAGGCGGCUGGGGGUGAAGGCAUUUCCCUAAGGAAAUGCGUCGGGAGGCAGAGCCUUCUCCCUACAAGUGGGUGGGGGCGGGCGAGGGCGCAGCAAGGCGAUCUCGAGCCUUCUCCGCCUCCCAGGGGUCGAAGGCUCUGGGGAGAGGGAGGGAGGAGGAGGAGGCCGAGUCAGUGUCCUAGAGAGGCUGAGGCCGGAGGCCGGGUGUCCCCAGCCUAAGCAGAGGGCCCCGGGGGCCAGGUGGGUGGGGGUCCGUCUGGACGAAUUGUUGUGUGUGAGGUCUGAGCUCUGAGGCUGCAGUGUUGGCACAAUAAAGAAACAUUGAGACGUGA